ACUACCUGACUUCUGGUGCUUUCUCUUUCCAUGAUGGCCUCUCAUCUCCCUCUUGCUUUGCCUCUCCUCAAGUCUCUGUCCAGCAGGAUGAGCUCAGAGAAUGUCACCUGGGCCAGGGUUGCCCCUGUGGAAUUCAUCCUCCUGGGCAUCACAGAUCGCUGGGACCUGCGUGUGACCCUCUUCUUGAUCUUCUUGCCCAUCUACCUGGUGAGCCUGCUGGGAAACAUGGGCCUGGUGCUGCUGAUCCAUGGGAAUGCCCGGCUCCACACCCCUAUGUACUUCUUCCUGGCCAACCUCUCCCUUCUGGAUGCCUGCUAUUCCUCAGCCAUUGGCCCCAAGAUGUUAGUGGACUUGCUGCUGCCCCGUGCCACCAUCCCGUAUGCAGCCUGUGCCCUCCAGAUGUUUAUCUUCGCGGGGCUGGCUGAUGCAGAGUGCUGCCUGUUGGCCGCCAUGGCCUAUGACCGCUAUGUGGCCAUCGGGAACCCGCUUCUCUAUACCACGGUUAUGUCACCACGUCUGUGCUUGGCCUUGCUGGGGGCAUCAGGCCUGGGAGGGGCAGUGAGUGCCUUCAUCCACACAACUUUCACCUUCCGCCUGAGCUUCUGCCGCUCCCGGGAGGUCAACAGCUUCUUCUGUGACAUCCCCCCACUACUGGCCAUCUCAUGCGAUGACACCAGUCUCAACGAAGUCCUCCUCUUCGCCGUCUGUGGCUUCAUCCAGACAGCCACGGUGUUGGCCAUCGCUGUGUCUUACGGCUUCAUCGCGGGGGCUGUGGUCCGCAUGCGGUCGGCCGAGGGCCGCCGGAGGGCAGCCUCUACCUGUGGCUCCCACCUCACAGCUGUGGCCAUGCUGUAUGGGACCCUCAUCUUCAUGUACCUGCGUCCCAGCUCCAGCUAUGCCCUGGACACAGACAAGAUGGCAUCUGUGUUCUACACCCUUGUCAUUCCAGCCCUCAACCCCCUCAUCUACAGCCUCCGCAACAAGGAGGUCAAGGAGGCCCUGAGGCGGACCCGGAGUCGAUUCUGCUGUCCAGGGAGAGGUACCAGGGACUGGUCCCAGGAGGCUGGUUAAGUCUGACUCUGGAAAGACCAGGACACUCUGUCCCAUCACCGCGGGUAAAGAAAUCGCUGUUCUGAUUUGGAUGUCUUCUGUCAUUGUUUAAGGGAUUAUCAAGGGGGAAAUGGAAGCAUCCAGGAGGGAGUCAGGAAACCACCAGUAUUCUAUGGCUAGCCCUAGAGCCGGAAUCAAGACCAGGUUAAUGUUUCUAUGGAGCUCCCUGAAGGUCCUCAAUGUUCAAAAUAUAAAAGUUCCCAGAUGUUCCCGGGUAAUAUCAAAUAGCAUUAUUUGCCACCUAAAGAAGCUGAUUGGAGCUGGGGCUGUAGCUCAGGGGUAGAGCACUUGCCUAGUAUGUGUGAGUCGCUGGGUUUGGUUCUCAGCACUGCAUA